AUGAUCACUAACAAUGUUAAGCUGCAGAAUGUUGAGAUAGUAGCACUCACUAAGGACUGUAGUUCUGUGGUGAUACAGAAGAUGCCCAAAAAACUCAAAGACCCUGGGAGUUUUACUCUCCUUAUUCAAAUUGGCAACAAUGAGGUGACGAGAUCGAGCUCUAUGAUACUCCAAUUGGAAGACUGGAACCUGGCCCAUCCUGAAGGAAUCAUAGAGGAUAUUCUCAUUAAGGUAGAUGAAAGAGUGUUAGUCAUCUUGGGACGUCCAUUCUUUGCGACCAGAGGAGCAUUGAUAAAUAUAAGAGAGGGCAUGCUCACAAUAAGGCUGGAUGAUAAAGAGGCAGUUUUCAAAGU